UGACGUUUGCAGCAGAAUCCAGGAAGUGAGGAGUCGCCUGUUGUUUUUGCCGAUUGAUAGUCCUUUCACAUUUUAUUUGUUACUUUUCGUUUUGCAAAAAUGGCGACUUUUAUUUCUGUCCCGUUAAAGAAGUCGUCUGAAGUCGAACUAGUUAAACCGCUCUCGAAAUUCGUUACGGCGACAUACCCAACGGGCGAGGAUCAAGCUGAGUAUAUCCGAUCCGUGGAGGAGUUGAACAAGCUGCGCAAGAGUGCUCUGGGGAGGCCGCUCGACAAACACGAAAGCUCGCUGGAAAUCCUCCUGAGGUAUUAUGAUCAGCUGUGUGCCGUGGAGCCAAAGUUUCCCUUCUCUGAAAACCAGCUGUGUCUAACCUUCACAUGGAAAGAUGCCUUUGAUAAGGGCUCACUGUUCGGGGGCUCAGUCAAACUAGCCCUGGCCAGUCUGGGCUAUGAGAAGACAUGUGUGUUGUUCAAUGGAGCAGCGUUGGCAAGUCAGAUCGCUUCAGAACAAAACCUGGACAGCGAUGAAGGACUGAAGGCCGCAGCCAAAUACUACCAGUUGGCAAGUGGAGCAUUUGGUCACAUUAAGGACACAGUGCUGUCGGCUCUGAACAGAGAGCCUACAAUGGACAUUUCUCCUGAGACCGUAGGAACCCUCAGUCUCAUCAUGCUGGCUCAGGCACAGGAAGUCUUCUUUCUCAAGGCUACUUCAGAUAAGAUGAAGGACGCCAUCAUCGCUAAACUGGCCAAUCAGGCGGCAGAUUUCUACAGCGAUGCCUUCAAGCAGUGUCAGUACAAAGAGAACCUGCCCAAGUGUAUUUAUUUCCAGGAGGUGUUGCCGGUGCUGGCAGCUAAACACUGCAUCAUGCAGGCCAACGCUGAGCUACACCAGUCUAUCCUCGCCAAGCAGAAGAAACACUUUGGGGAGGAGAUCGCUCGCCUGCAGCAUGCUUCAGAGCUGGUGAAGACGGUAGCGUCUCGCUAUGAUGAGUACGUCAGUGUGAAAGACCUUAGUGAUAAGAUCAGCCGUGCUCUGACCGCAGCUAAGAAGGACAACGACUUCAUCUACCACGACCGCGUCCCUGAGGUCAAAGACCUGGAACACAUCGGCAAGGCAGCGCUGGUCAAGGCUACCACCAUCACACCUCCGCUCAGCGCCAAGUUCACUGACUUGUUUGAGAAGAUGGUGCCCAUGGCUGUGCAGCAGAGUAUGAGUGUGUACAGCCAGAGGAAGGCUGAGACCGUCAACAGACUGGUAGGAACCAUGAGGGAAGCUACUAACCUCUGCAACGGUGUCCUGGCAUCUCUGAACCUGCCUGCGGCUCUGGAGGACCUGUCUGGAGAUUCUAUCCCACAAUCCAUUAUUGAAAAGGCCCAUGCCAUCGUCCAGCAGGGGGGGCUGCAGAGCAUAGAGCAGCUGAUCAGAGACCUACCGGAACUACUGACACGCAACAGAGAGAUCCUGGAUGAGUCUCUGAAGAUGCUGGAUGAUGAGGAGUCGACAGACAGCGAGCUGAGAUCCAAGUUCAGCCAACGCUGGAACAGAACUCCCUCUGGAGACCUCUACAAACCACUCAGAGCGGAGGGGGGUAACUUCCGUAGCGUGUUGGACAAGGCAGUGCAGGCUGACCAGGUGGUCAGGGAGCGUUACAAUACACACUGUGAGAUGAUCGCUCUCUUCUGUAAACCUGAGGCUGAACUCACCGCUGCCAUACCUUCAGCCAACCCUGCUAAGACAUUGCAGGGCAGCGAGGUUGUGAGUGUGUUGCGUUCCCAGCUGUCCCAGCUAGAGGUGGUGAAGAGAGAGAGGGAGGUGCUGGAGACGGAAAUUAAGGGCGUGACCUUUGACAUGUCCUCCAGCUUCCUGACGGCUCUGGCUCAGGACGGGGCCAUCAAUGAGGAGGCACUGUCAAUGAGCCAGCUUGACCAAUCAUACGGCAGCUACAGCCAGAGGGUUCAAGCCAGCCUCCGCUCUCAGGAAGAGCUGUUGGGCAACGUGCAGGCAUCUCACCAGGUGUUCUCCAGUCUGAAGCAGUCCAACUCGGAGGCUAAUGAUCGUGAGGAGGUGUUGAAGAAGCUGGCCUCGGCCCACGACAGCUACGUUGAGAUCACCAGCAACCUCAGAGAGGGCACCAAGUUCUACAAUGACCUCACCGAGAUCCUGCUGAAGUUCCAGAACAAGUGCAGUGACAUCGUCUUCGCCCGCAAGACAGAACGGGAUGAACUGCUGAAGGAUUUGCAGCAGAGCAUCGCCAGGGAGCCCAGUGCCCCGUCCUUCUCUGUCCCCGCCUACCAGACUAACCCCACCGCCACUGGACCAACCCCCGCACCAAGGACUGUCUUCCAACCUCAGCAGCCCCAGGCGAAGGCCCAGCCUCCCGAGCGGCCCCCUCCCCCUGCCUUCACCCCCCAGGCCGCCUCCGCACCAGGCAACCCUCCCAGUAACCAGCCUCAACCAGUAAACCCCCCACCUAUGGCCCCUCCCUCACAGGCCCAGGGACCGCCUUACCCCACAUACCAGGGAUACCCCGGGUAUGCCUACCAGAUGCCUAUGGGUUAUAACCCGUAUGCUGCGUACGGCCAGUACAACAUGCCCCCCACUAUGCAGCCUAACAUGCAGCCCUACGUCCCCUAUCAGCAGGCCCCAGCACCCGGACAGGGGGGCUACCCUGUGGUCCCCCCCACACAGCAGCACCCCUACACCUACCAACAGCAGCCCCAGCAACCACCACAACAGCCAUACUACCCACAACAAUAACUACUCUCUCACUCCUCUCCUCCAUCCCUCUCCUCUGCUAUCGCUACUCCGACCGACAGCAGAAACUAUGCUACUAAGCCCAGCAAUAACUCCUCAAUCUCUCUCUCUCUCUCCCUUCUUCCUCUGCCUUACUUACGUUGCACUUCUAGCACUCCACCUUUGCUCUCUCCCUCCCUCCCUCUACCUUCUCUCCCUCCCUCUACCUUCUCUCCCUCCCUCUACCUUCUCUCCCUCCUCUACCCUUUCUCCUCUACCCUUUCUCCCUCUCUCCCUCCUUCCCUCCCUCCCUCCCCUCCCUUCUCUUCCUCCCUCCCUCCCUCCCUCCCCUCCCUUCUCUUCCUCCCUCCCUCCCUCCCUCUCUGCUCUACCCUCUCUCCCUCUCUGCUCUACCCUCUCUACCCUCUCCCUCUCUGCUCUACCCUCUCCCUCUCUGCUCUACCCUCUCCCUCUCUGCUCUACCCUCUCCCUCUCUGCUCUACCCUCUCUCCCCUCUCUCCCUCUCUGCUCUACCCUCUCCCUCUCUCCUCUACCCUCUCUCCCUCCCUCCUCUACCCUCUCUCCCUCCCUCCUCUACCCUCUCUCCCUUUCUCCCCCUCUCUCUCCCUCCCUCCCUCCUCUUCCCCCUCUCUCUCCCUCCCUCAUCUACCCUCUCGCGCUUCUUCCAUCCCUCCCUCUACACUUACUCCCUCUACAUACUCAUCUACGAACCAGCUCCUCUUUUUUUUUUCUUUUUUUUUCAUAUUAUUUUUCAAAUUAUUGCUUUAAUUGUUUAAGUCCUAACUUUUCUUCCUGCUAUACCUGACUUCCUGGUAUGGGCCUAGGUCAAAAAUAUACAGGUUAGGAUAAGAGGAUUCCAUAAGUCUUUGCAUAAAUGCAGAAGAAUUCUAAACAAUGGGACUAGCAAUGCGGAGCCAAAAUGACUGGAAGUGAAUUUUAGCAUUACAGAACGUUUGCCAUCAAGUGGAAAAUUAACACUAUUGUAGUGAAUUUCAGCUAACUAGUCAGCAAACACAUAGCAUAACUGUUUUACUGUCAUUCUAUUCAUUUAAAUGUGUUUCUAGUUAUCUGCAGACCCUUUAUUUUUCCGACCGAUUGUCACAUUUUCAAUGCUAAUCCUGUAGAAUCAGCAGUGGCGCUGGUCCAAUAUACUUUAUUUAUUUUCGAAUGCUGCCGCAUGGAAUUAUUGAUUAUUGCGUUGUCCUAAUCUGUAUAUAUUCGGCCUAGAUAUAGAACACUAGAGGAGCUGCAUGUCAUUCUUGGAUGAGGAGGGCGUGGCAUGAUUCCUUAUUUGGGAGCAAGUGGGAGGGGUCACAUUCAAUGUCACUGAAUGAAGAACCUGAGGACCCAGGGUUGUAUUCAGUAGGGAGAAAACGUUUAGAAACGGAAUGAAAUGGGGGUUUACAGCUUGAACUUUUGCAAUAAGAGAAGCAAUUCUUCCUUGUCUGUUUUCAAACCGUUUUGCUACUGAAUACGACCCAGCUACGAUCACUCAGCUUAACGCCUGGCGCUUCUAUAACAACUAUAUCAUAUUUUUGUAAUGUAUAAUACUUAUGUAAUAAUCCAAUUAAAAUGGCUGUCGGUUUUUCUAAUUUAGAUAAGGACUGUUGGAGAUGCUCUCUCGCUGUCUCUGUUCUGUCUCCCUCUCAAUUAUCACUCCUCCUCUCCAUCACUCCUCUCCUCUCUCUCUCUGUGGGGAUGUGUCUUUCUGUUUUACAAUCAGAGUAAAGCUGUAAAUGGCUGUAGAUGUUUUUCUGGGAUAAAGGUUAUUAUAUAUAAAGACUAUGGUUAACCCAACGACACAGUGUUUCUCUUUAGUUCUAAUGUGAUUAAAACACCUCUACAUACCAGA